GGAAUUGUCAGAUUCAAUUAAUUACUAUCUCUUCUCUCUCUAUAGUAUAUAUAUAUAUGAACAAAUAUAUAAUCAUCGAACAAGGAUCAAGAAUUGUAUAUACUUGAACGUCGCCGCCGUGAGCCGUCGACAUUAAUGGGUAGCCGGCGAUGGAAGAAGGCCAAAACCUCAAAUCAUUGCUACUCCGAAGAAGAAGUUAGCAGCAUUGCUUGGCAGUUUCUAGACAUGAGUGAACAAGAAGAGGACAUGGUUUACCGAAUGCAUAGACUUGUUGGGGAAAGAUGGGCGUUGAUAGCUGGGCGGAUUCCGGGGAGGAAGGCGGUGGAGAUAGAGAGAUUCUGGCUGAUGAGACACGUCGAAGGCCUUGCCGGAGAAAAUACUACUCACAAAAAUAAAUAAAAAAUAAUAUUAAUUAAUUAUAAAGUAUGCUCUCUUUUAUUACUCUUCUAGACAUGGCGUGCAACUAUUUCUGUGAUUUUCAUUUAUCCAGUCCAUCGUAUUUGUACUGUUGUGCCGACUGCCGACGCUUUGUUUUGUUUUGGAAUCUAAGUUAAAUGUCAGUCUUAUAAAUAUAUAAUAUUUUAACGGUCAAAAUUAAUAAUA